ACCGACUACCAGGUACCGGUACUCGUACUGGCAGCUGUACAAGAGACAAUGCCGUCUUUGUCUCCACGGCGAGGAAGGAAAUCCAUGAUUGCUCUAGAGCGCAGCAAAUCCAUGAGCGCAAUUGAAAGCGAUUCCUGCGAGAAAGAGGGAACACUGAAGAACCUUGAACGGUAAUCUACAACUACCACCACCAAAAAACCAACUUUUCCAAGGAUCGAAAUAUCCCUCAGCAACAACCAAUCGAGGAAGUGAAAGACCACCAAGAUGGUCACCAUCGAUAAUACCACCGCAAUCAUCAGCAAUCGCAACAACAGCAGUAGCCGGACGAUCCGUCUCAGGUCCAUGCCGGAUAACAAUGGAGUGUCCAAAACCUUCGAACUAAGCGAGACUGCUGCGUCAAUCAGCGAGUUUGUCGUCGACUGUUUGGAUUUGGAGGACGAGGAGGACGAGAACGCCACCAUCGUGGUCGAUAUACCUCGGAUCAGCGGCGACUGCCUUGGCAAGGUUGUGGAGUUCAUGACUCAUUAUGAGAAAGAAGAGUUGAAGCAAAUCUCGGGGAAACCGCUAAGAGGAUCUACUUUCAACGAGGUAAGGAACGGUUUUUGUUGGUGAUUGUCGAGAAGCUCUUUGUCCUUCUCUUGCUCUGACUCCUUCUCGCUGGAUCUAUCGUCUGUCCAAAGGAAGUGACUCAGAAAUGGUACCGAGACUUUGUGAGCGACGAAUCCCUAGGAAUCGAGGGAAAGACUAGUGACCUUGAGGCUGCGCCCAGGCGUCUUAUGGAGCUCCAUGCGGCCGCCAAUUUUUUGGGAAUCGAACGGCUUCUCGACCUAGUGGUCCUUAAGAUUGCCUACCAAAUUAUGAACAAGGACAAGGAGGGAAUCCGCGUGUACCUGAACCUGCCCAAGAUGACGAAGGAAGAAGAAGAGCAAGUUCGUAAGGACAAGCCGUGGAUCUUUGAAAACUAGAUCCCAUCUAGGGCGAUGGCAAUGGCAAUGGAUCCAUCCAUUGAUGCAUGAAAAUGUUGGAGAUAAGGAUAGUG